UGUUGGAUUUGAAAAGGUGAUUUUAGCUUUGUGGAGUACGAUUUAAUAAAUGAUUUUAAAUUAAAACUUGAAAGAAAUGUUGAUAUCAGACGGAAUAAAUCAUGGAAAACUACAAUCAAUAAUAGUUGGAGAGUUAAAAAAAGCUGGUUUAAAGCAUCGAUUAAAGAAGAUUAUAUUGAAAAAUGUAAAAAAUCAUAAAACUCUAUUUGGAGCUCCUUUGAUGAAAGUGCCCUCAAGCAGUGUAAUUUGCUGUGGUAGUACGUUGAGUAUUCCGAUUGUUGUCAGUGAGAUGUCUUCUGUGCUUCGGGCUAAUGCUCAUGUUGAAGGAUUAUUUCGUAAAGCCGGAUCUCAAACUCGCCAAAAAGAUAUUAAGCGUCUUCUAGAUGCUGGUGGCUGUGUCUCUGAAGGUCAUCAUCCUAUUGAUGUAGCAAGUGUGCUGAAGCUGUAUCUACGCUGUUUGCCAGAACCUCUUAUCAGUGCAGAAGUUCAAGAUUUGUUGUUACGAUGCAGGGUUACUGCAGGGGGUGACGGAAUGAAAUCAAUUUUACACACCUUACUAUUGUUGCCUGUGCUUCAUGUACACUUGUUGCAUUAUAUCAUGGAGUUACUGAACUUCAUUUCAUCAAGACACAAAGAUAACUUAAUGGACUCCUCCAACUUGGCUAUUGUAUUGGCUCCCAGCAUUAUGCCGCUUCCUGCGGCAGCUACUGCUCAGAGACUUGAACAUCAUGUAGCUCUUGUAAAGAUAUUCAUAGAGAAUUCAAAACAUAUUGGGUUAUUGACUGAUGAGCUUAUGUCGCAACUGGAUGAUGAUUCUGAUAUACAUCAGGUCAGACGUAAAAAGAGAAGAAGUGGAUCACUUAACCGUAUGCUAAAUGGUUUGCGUAAGAUGGUAUCUGGCAAUGUCAACACACCAGCCACAGUCAAGGAGUAUGAUAAGACGCCCGUGCUUAAUAAAUUUACCUCUAAACGAAAAUAUGAUACUUCUGAAGGACUUUCUGCUAAAAUUAAGAAAGAAAUAAAAUCUGGCUUACCUCAAAAGGAGUUGUCGUUUACUCCCAUGAAAAUGGGCAUCACAGAAAGGAAAAGACUUCGACUCAGCAUGGUAGAUGUGAAAAAAACACCUAUUACACCAGAUUACGGUUCAAAUAAAAAUUCUGAAAGUAGCAGCAGUGAGGAUAUACUUACAUCGUCAGAACAGCUUUUCAAUCCUCAUGAUACAAUAGAUCUUUCGUCGGACAUGAAGCAAACUGAUAAGGAUUAUGUACGGAUUUCUAAACAGGAGUAUGAGGAAAUCAAGAGCAGAGUUUCAGCCAUAGAGACCCGAUUGUCCAGGGAAUUCACAGAUGUCAUCCCAAAAGUACAACCACUACAACAAGUUCAAAAUGUCUACGAACAAACCCUAGAAGAUGUGGCCAUGUUAAAUUGUCCUGGUUCCGAGCACCUCGCUCGACGACUGAGCAAAGAACUGAAAAUAAGACCCAAAGAAGAAGCCAAAAUCAUUCGUUCACCGAGUGCAAGAAAGAUAGGCUCUAUAAGACGUCGUUCCAAAGAAAAUUUAACUAAAAUCGUCCGUCACAAGUCGUGGAAUGUAUCAACACAUCAAGCUAUGGAUCGGUUUUAUCCCUACGUUGGGUUAAAUCAAAGGGAAUCCUCCUCUAUACGCAGUAUUGAAAGUAAGGACUCUGAUUGGGAAGAAAAUGUAUCGGAAACUUCUUCACCCAAUGUUUCCAGUUCUAGUCAAAAGUAUCAUAUGCGUAAACGCAUAAGUUUAACCACAGAUUAUGGAUCCGAGAGGAUAACAACAAAAUCUCGCUGUCUCUUACCACGAAGAUCACUCAAUGUCAUUUUUACUAGUCCAGAUAAUAGAAACACCGUCAGUCCAAAUGGCAAAAGUAACUAUAGAUCAAGCCACAGUCAAAACAAAUAUGUCAGCAAAGAACCUAUCCAGCACAAGUGGAAGAGCGCUGCGGCGUUUUUUAUGGAUAAAACUGGUGAAUUGGAAGGCAAUGGUAAUUCAGGAAGGCCUUCAGUAAAUAAACUUCGUAAGCAAAACGCUGGUGCUGUUUUAGCUAAAGCGAAACUUUUUGAAUCAAGUCAAUCAGAUAAAUCGUCUGAAAGAAGUGAGAAUACGCAAAAGUCCGUUUUCGCUCGGAAGCCAAGAAUUCAAAGUCAAGUCAAACCUCAAAAAACUGUCACUUCUAACUCAGAUUUGGAGACUAGAAUGAUAUUUAAAAGCAACAUCAAUAAAGAAUCACUCCAAACGUACAGACAAUACAACCCCUUAGUUAAAUCUAAAGAGGAAUUAAAUUCGCGGCUUAUUAGGGCAACACCAGUUAAAAAAAUAGUAUCGCCACAGAAGAUAUCCCAUACACCUAUUUUAAAAAAAACAUUAUGUACCCCUAGAAAUUUGAGAACUCCUGCAAAUUAUGGUGAACCGAAAAAGUUUAAUACACCUCUCAAAGGAGUACAUAUUUCACCAAAAAGACGAUCUCCCCGUCAAAGGCUAAAUAGGCUUAUUUAAGAGUACUUUUAUUGUGCUUUAUGAUUAUAGUGCCUUUAAUUUAAAGUAUAAGGCUAUUUGUCAAUAGUUAAUGUAAAU